AGUUAAUAGCGGUGGGCGGUCCCGGACGGGCAGGUUAAGCCUCUUAUACUCAAACCGUAAUGGCGGAAAAGAUAUCCGAGAGCAGCGGCACUGAUGAGGAUCUCAUCGAGGUGAGAGCACCCCAGCCAAAGCGCCGUCGUGUCCUGGAUUACACCAACCUGCGCACCAUACCAGUCUACUCCAGCAAGGUCAGCAGCAGCCUGCGGUUCAGCCCUAAAAUCCCUAAUGAGCUGGACUCGGAUGUGGAGGAAGAAUCUGAGCCCCCGUGGGACCCCGGGGUCACAAACAAGCGGAGUAAAGAAAAGCCUGUGGAGGAUAAGCUGGUUAUGCUGGACGGGUCAGACUCCGAAGAGGAGCCUCCUAAACAAGAAUCCUGGGACAGGUCUCCUUCACCUCCACCCCCUACACCAGAAGUACCUUUGAAAAGGACUCGGAGAGUUGGCAGAGCCCUCAGGAAAAUCAGGAAAGUGGACAUGACACUGAACAAGCUGGGCACCACCGUAUCUGCGACUGCACGUAGAGGACGAAACAAUAAGUGUGACAGCGAUGAAGACAAUGACGUCAUCUUGGUCACUUCACCCACCCUGGAGAAUAAGGAGCUUGCCGGUCCCAGAGAGAUCACAUUGAAGAUUCGCUGCCGAGGUGACCUUCAUAGGAUCCCCGUUCAAUCGACGGACCCCCUUCGCACUGUCAUAGAGCAGCUUUCCGUCAAACUGGAGGUGCCGUCCUCCUGCAUCCUGCUGCUUAACAAAGAGGAGGAGCUUCCUGUGUCAUCGACAGUGUCUGCGCUGGGCCUGGGCAUUGCGGACAUCAUGGACUGCAUCAUUCUCACAAGGAAUCAGCAGGAGUCAGACGGCAUUACUCUGCGAUUGCAGGGAAAGGACAAGGACUCGGUGCACCUGAUCUUGAUCAAAAAGGACGCACCGCUCGCCUUGCUGUUCCACGAGUACCGACAGAAGGCUGGACUGCACCAGAGGAAAGCACUCAGCUUCCUGUUUGAUGGGGAGAAGCUCACCGAGGAAAUGACGGCUGCACAGCUGGACAUGGAGGACGGUGAUGUGGUAGAGGUGUGGCAGUAGGCUGUGGGUCAUGUCAGUCCAUCCAGGUUAUUAGUACUAAUGGAGUGCUUCUCUUGCAUAGGAACUUCAUUACUUGUUCUUCACACUAGGUGGUGUAAUUUCAUUAUUUACUGUACAGAUUAAAUGUGACAAAUUUAAAUAAAAAAAUAAAAAAACAAAAACAUUAGCAGCUUACCAAAACUAUGUAAACUCGGUGGUGGAUUCAAGUAGGCAAUGCCCUCAUGCCUUGCAGCCUCCACUUUGAGGUCUUUCAGUACCUGGCUGGCCACGGACUACAUGCAGGUGGUAAUAAUAACAAUUCUUGUCACUCCGGCAAGCAGCAUAGGACCUCUGAAGUAUUUGCACUCUGAUUUGUGACAAGCCACGUGUUUUAUUUUACCCCAUGAUUUUCAGUGGUGACUUGCUUCUUUUACUGUUGACCUUCACCGAGGAUGGGCCGAAACCAAACCCCCUUCACACUGCUUAAUUUCUGAGAUAAACAGUAUCUCUGCUUUAUCCCACUAAUAUGAUUUUUGUGCAAGCCAUGACUAUUGACAUUGCGAAUAGACUUUUUGCAUGACAUUGAUCAUAUAUUUAUUCCGUGAAUACCAAG